UUAACCCAUUUGUAAUUAUCAUAAAUAUCUCAACAGAUUCGACGCAUUUCGAGCCUCUUUGAAUGCUAUUAUUUUUUAUUUCAUUUAUUAAUUUAUCUGUCUUGUAAUUCAGUAGAAAUCCACAAGAAUGCUAGUGUGAUAUUGAAGGCCAUGGAUGAAAUUGUAGGGGUCCUGAUGUUGGGAAGGGGCGCGGAGAAGCGGCCAUGACAUGUUGUGAUUGAUAGGUGUUUCAUCCAAUGAGCUGAAGAUAAACGCUAACGUCACCAAUACAUUAGCCAAUCGAGUUUCUUGAAGCUGACGCCAGGCCCGCCCAUCUUUGACAGCCUGUGUAAGGGCGCAGAAAAGCGAAACCUCAAAACAUGUCGGUCUUCCAGUGACUAUACGUUGUAUUUCCCUUAUUUCCAGCAUGACAGUGAGCGUUAAAACGCUGUGAUUGUGUAUUUUUGUAAAAGGUUCGACACACCGCAUCACGAGAUGGAAACUCUGAUUCCCAUCAUUAACAGACUGCAGGAGGUUUUCCUCACACUUGGAGCCGAGAUCAUCCAGCUUCCUCAGAUCAUAGUCGUGGGAUCACAGAGCAGUGGAAAGAGUUCAGUAUUGGAGAGUUUGGUUGGAAGAGAUUUCCUCCCCCGAGGUUCAGGAAUAGUGACACGUCGCCCUCUAGUGUUACAGCUGGUGAACGUGCCCUCGCUGGAGGAGAGGCGCAAACAAGACAAUGGAAAUGGAGCUAAACAAAACCCUCAAAACACCUAUCCAGGAAUCAAAGCAGAGGAAUGGGGCACCUUCCUUCACUGCAAAAACCAGAUUUUCACAGAUUUUAAUGAAAUCCGGAAAGAGAUUGAGGAGGAAACAGAUCGCAGUACCAAUAAUAAGGGCAUCAGUCCAGAGCCCAUUUACCUGAAGAUCUAUUCCCCAAACGUACUCAGCCUGACGUUGGUUGACUUGCCUGGCAUCACUAAGGUCCCAGUUGGUGACCAGCCAGAGGAUAUUGAGACUCAAGUCCAAGAGAUGAUUCUGUCCUACAUCUCCAACCCCAACUCCAUCAUCCUGUGUGUAUCUCCUGCAAACUCUGACCUUGCCACAUCUGAUGCCCUUAAACUGGCACGAGAGGUGGACGCAGAUGGUCGUAGGACGCUGCUGGUCGUGAGUAAGCUGGAUUUGAUGGACGCGGGGACAGAUGCUCUGGAGGUGCUGCUGGGUCGUGUCAUACCAGUCAGACUGGGCAUUAUUGGUGUGGUUAACAGGAGCCAGCAUGACUUGAACACCCAAAAGAGUCUCACAGACUCCUGCAAAGACGAGCAGGCGUUUCUGCAGCGGCAUUACCCGUCAUUAGCCUCCCGCUGUGGCUCGCGCUACCUGGCUCGCACCCUGAGCCGACUGCUCAUGCAUCACAUCAGGGACUGUCUCCCGGAGCUCAAGACACGAGUCACGGUGCUCACCGCUCAGUACCAGUCCCGACUCAACAGCUACGGGCAGCCUGUGGAAGACCACAGCGCCACCUUGCUGCAGAUCGUCACCAAGUUUGCCACCGACUACUGCAACACCAUCGAAGGCACUGCCAGGCACAUCCAGACCUCUGAAUUGUGUGGAGGAGCUCGUAUCUGUUAUAUAUUCCACGAGACAUUUGGAAGAACCCUGCAGUCCAUCGACCCACUUGGAGGACUCACUGAGCUAGAUAUUCUCACAGCUAUUCGAAACGCUACGGGUCCUCGGCCAGCGCUGUUUGUUCCUGAGGUCAGUUUUGAGCUGCUGGUGAAGAAACAGAUCAAGAGACUGGAGGAGCCCAGCAUGCGCUGCGUGGAGCUCGUACACGAGGAACUUCAGAGAAUCAUCCAGCACUGCUCUGCCUACAGCACACAGGAGCUUUUGCGGUUUCCCAAACUACAUGAUUCAAUAGUGGAAGUGGUUACCAGCUUACUCAGGAAACGUCUGCCCAUUACCAAUGAGAUGGUUCAUAAUCUAGUUGCAAUCGAGUUGGCCUAUAUAAACACCAAACAUCCUGAUUUCACAGACGCUGCCCAAGUGUCUGCAUCUGUCAACAGCCAGCAGGUACUAAAACUCUCUCUCUCCGUCUCGUCUCGUCUCACUCUCCAAAUCCAAACAGGAUUAGUCUUUGUUUUAUCGUCUCUUUUGCAGGUGGAGGCUGGGGAUGGAGGUAAGCGAUGGAAGAAUGAAAAGAUGCCGUCGGAGGAGAAAGGCCCUGUGCCUGCGUUUGGAAGCCCCACCAAAGCCGUCAACCUGUUGGACACGGCCGUGCCGAUAUCCCGCAAACUAAGCACUCGAGAGCAGAGGGACUGUGAGGUCAUCCAACGGCUCAUCAAGUGCUACUUCCUGAUCGUGCGCAAGAGCAUCCAGGACAGUGUGCCAAAGACGGUGAUGCAUUUCCUGGUGAAUUUUGUGAAAGAGCAUUUGCAGAGUGAGCUGGUCGGUCAGCUUUACAAACAGCCUCUGCUUCAGGAACUGCUCAUCGAGUCUCAGGAAACUGCUCAGCAGCGCACAGAGGUUGCACAGAUGCUGGAGGCCCUGAAGAAAGCCAGUAACAUUAUCUCAGAGAUCCGGGAGACUCAUCUUUGGUAGCCAAACGUUCCCUUGAACAUUCUGUCCAGGAAAGUGUUUACAUGUUUGUGCGUGUGGUAUGUGUGAAUGUAUGACAUGGGUCAAAUAUCUGAAGAAAUUCAAUGCCUCUGCCAGCAUGAACAUUCAACAAAAUGUGUACAGUUUUACAAAUGCUCUUUAUUUCUACUGUAUAUGCACUGAUUCCAUAACUGUGUGUUUGACAGGGGUGUGUGUGUGUGUGUGUGUGUGUGUGUGUGUGUGUGUUACUAUGUUUGUACUCAGUAGCUCAGAUAUAGUGAACAUAUCAAGUCUAUGUCAUUUUCUUCAACAUUUAGAUGGUUGCUCUUUCAUUUAAUGUUAUAAGAACUGAGUUACGUCUCAGAUGGUACUAAGAAUAUCCCAUGGCCAGUCUUAAUCCAAAUCGAGUUCUCACACACUCACAUGACUGAUAACAGGAGUAGUUCACCUAUGAAAAUAGAUGGACAUGAAAAUUUUCAGCAAUUUUUUUUCAUCAUUUACUCACCAUGUCAUCCAAAACCUGUAUGACGAUCUACUGUAUCUGCUGUAGUACAUGGGAGAUGUUUUGAAGAAUGUCUUUGCUGCUUUUUACAUUCAGUGAAAACAUUUAGCGCAUUCGAGCUCCAAAAUGGACUAAAGCAUCAUGAAGGCACCAUAAAUCAUCAUAAAAGUAGUCCAUUCAAUAAUUCAAUAGUUUUGUGUGAGGAACAGACUGAAACUUAAGUCAUUAUUCACUAAAUGACAUCAUGGUAAUUAAUUUUUUAGAAAACUUCUCCUUUAAUAUGCUGUAAAUAUAAUGUAAUUAAUGUGGUGUCCAGCUUUACAGUAUAUCUAAGAAACAAGAAUUGCCCCUUUAUUAGAUUCAGACGAAACCAUGCAUGUUGUACACUACUGUACAUGAAAACCUAUGUAAUUUCACAGCCAAUAUGGGCUAAAUACAAAACAGAGAUAUAAUAUUUGAUCACGUGAGUGAGACAGAUGAAAGAAACUCAAUUAUCAUGUUACAUUUAGAAUAAUUAAUGAUGUAACCGUGACUGAUGUCUAGACAUGGUGCAAAUAAACGGUAGUGCGGUGUGAAGAGCCAUAGAACAAA